AUGCCCUCGCGCUCCUCUCGGUGUAGUUUCCGCAUAAUUAAAGGAAUCCCCGCCCAGCUAGAUCCCAGCUUGGCUGCCGCUGCGUUGUUUGGGGACAGUCCGAAGAUGGCGACGGCCCAGCUGUACUGCGUCUGCCGGCAGCCGUACGAUGUGAGCCGGUUUAUGAUAGAAUGCGAUAUUUGUAAGGACUGGUUUCACGGCAGCUGUGUUGAGGUAGAAGAGCACCAUGCUGUGGACAUUGACGUUUACCACUGUCCCAACUGUGACGUCCACCAUGGACCCUCUCUGAUGAAGAAGCGAAGAAACUGGCACAGACACGACUACACGGAGCCAGAUGAUGGCAGUAAGCCAGUGCAGGCUGGCACCUCUGUGUUUGUGCGGGAGCUGCAGGCCAGGACCUUCCCCAGUGGAGAUGAGAUCUUGCAGCAAAUGCAUGGCAGUCAGGUCACCCAGAGAUAUCUGGAAAGGCAUGGUUUCCGCUAUCCCAUCGCUGUACACAAAAUGGAAGGGCUCGGCCUUCGUUUACCUCCGCCAGAUUUCUCCGUCAAGGAUGUUGAGCGCUAUGUCGGAGGCGACAAAGUGAUUGAUGUCAUCGAUGUGGCCAGGCAAGCAGACAGCAAGAUGAAACUGAGUGCAUUUGUGAAGUAUUACUACAGCCCUCAGCGGCCCAAAGUCCUCAACGUCAUCAGUCUGGAGUUUUCAGACACCAGGAUGUCAGAGCUGGUGGUGGUUCCUGAUAUUGCUCAGAAGAUGUCUUGGGUGGAGAACUACUGGCCUGAUGACUCUUACUUUCCCAAGCCCUUUGUGCAGAAGUACUGCUUAAUGGGCAUGAAGGACAGUUAUACCGACUUCCAUAUUGAUUUUGGGGGCACAUCUGUGUGGUACCAUGUCCUGUGGGGGGAGAAGAUUUUUUACUUGAUAAAGCCGACCUCAGCCAACCUUGCACUAUAUGAGGAGUGGAGCUCGUCUCCAAGUCAGAGUGAAGUGUUCUUCGGGGAGAAAGUGGACAAGUGCUAUAAGUGUGUCGUGCGGCAGGGAACAACUCUUCUGAUCCCGACAGGAUGGAUCCAUGCGGUUCUCACCUCUCAGGAUUGCAUGGCUUUCGGAGGAAACUUCCUCCACAACCUCAACAUAGGCAUGCAGCUCAGGUGCUAUGAGAUGGAGCGGCGACUGAAGACUCCAGACCUCUUUAAGUUUCCUUAUUUUGAGGCCAUUUGUUGGUAUGUAGCGAAGAAUCUACUGGAGACUCUCAAAGAGUCCCGGGAAGAUAACUGCCUGCCUCCAGAAUACCUGAUCAAGGGAGUGAAAGCUUUGAUUACUGCACUGAGGAACUGGCUAAAGAGAGAGGUCACAGAGCCAGCCAGCGAGGUCCCUGACCAUAUCAGACCCAACCAUCUGAUUAAAAUGCUCACCAAGGAAAUCCAGUACCUUGAGGAUUAUCAGAAUGGGAAUUGUGGAAGCAAGCUAAUGAAAUCUCAAGGAAUCUCUGCGUGUCCGUCCACGAGGUCGGCACAUGAGAGAGGUUCUCACGCACGCAGGACAGCCAGACGUCUUCGUGACCAGCACCAUCAUCACCAUCAUCACUCUCACAGCCCUAAAGCUCCCUCCAACCUCGACAUCUUUGAGCAGCACACCCAGGAAGUCUUAAAAAGACUUAAAAUGGGUCCUUAUGAGGAGGAUGCCUCCUUUAACCUGAAGGUCAACGGCAAGUUCAACAAGGUCUCCACGGCCUCAGCUGCAGUGGCAGAGCGGAGUUUGGACAACGACCUGCGUCUGGUACUGUGCAAUGGACGUAUAAUCAGAGAUAACAGGCAGCAUGUUGGAGAAAAAAGGCCAAGGAUAAAGGAAGACGAAGGCUCCAGAGAUGUGAAGAUGGAUUCACUCAAGAUUAAACUAGUACCUAAAGAGGAAGAACAGGAAGUGGAUAUCCAAAUCAAAGAGGAGGAUAAGCAGCAUCAUGUAGCCAGAGACAUAAAGCCCUGCGCAGAUUUUAAUAAGCAAGAGAGCUCAGAUCUCAGGAACAGAGAAUCAGUACUUUCAGACAUCUCUUCGGACUCUGAAUCAGAUGUGGAGUACACUACACGGAAAAAGAACUGCUCUGAGGGAGAAUCUGAAAGCUCUUCAGAGGAAGAGGAAGAUGAAAAGAUUAGGAGGAGUGGAGACGACCAAAGUAAGACCAUAAGUUGCUCCGGCUACACGACGGGUACGCAUCAAUCCAGACAAAACCUUGACCCUUUUGAAAAACGUCUUAAAAGUGAAUCGGCUACCUCGCCAAGCACAGAAGAGGAUGCUAUCCAGGGAAUGCUGUCUAUGGCAGGACUUUUGUAUUCUCACCCGUCAGAAGAUCCCAGCAGUUCACAGGAAUCCUGGUGGUCCCGAACCAACCAUCCCUCCCCUGACUACAGUAGAAAGGAGGUUGCAUCAGGAGAGGAGAACCAGGAUUCAGACAGCAAUUCAUCACAGGAGGGCUUUCGGGAGCGUGAUUCAGAAGGAGAACGUCACACCACACUCAAGCAUAGGAUCCAGGAGCACAAGAACUUCAUGGACAGCCAGGGCAGUGGCAGCAACAGCAGCAGUGAGGCGUGGAGCAAUCACACACACUCCCCAGCCCAUGGGGAAAGCCCCACUUUGGGCUUCCAAUACUGUGAAACAUCCCUAUCGCCACCUCUGCACCCGUCCAAGAGACCUGCUUCAAAUCCCCCACCAAUCAGCAAUCAGGCCACCAAAGGUAAACGUCCGAAGAAAGGUAUGGCUACAGCGAAGCAGCGAUUGGGCAAGAUUCUCAAAUUGAGCAGACACAAACCCUUCUUUGUGUAGUUCCAGUGAUGGCAGCCGCCGCUUGCAGAAGAUUUGGGAUGCUGAGCGUGCAUGUUAAAGGUGACAGGGUAUAAAAUGUGUUUGGUUGAACACACUGGCUCAAAAGCAUGGUAUUGGCUACCAAUCAACCCAAAGCGGAGGAAUCGUGUGAAUAACCGCUUCACUCAACAUGGUUUCCUAGUUUUGCUAAUAUGCAUCCAAAGAAACAAGGCGACUGACAGGAAAUAAGACUGAAAACAUCACUUUUUAAGGCUUUCGGUUCUCAACGAUGACAUCCAAAAUCAGGUUUACUCCACAAAAGCAAAGACUAGCAUGCUGCCAGGCUGCUUCCCACAACUAAAACGCAUCACUUUGAGGAUGUGCAUUUUAAGAAAGAGUGAUGAACUGAUUUCAUAAAGGUGCUUGACUUUUUUUGGUCUUCUCUUUUUGUGAUUGCAACCAACUUUUCCUAGCAAAUUCCUCCACUGAAGACAAUUUGCAUAACCGCCUCUAGACAAAAUUCACCCAGGAUGAUGGCUUGAACUACCUGACAGUCAAAAUGUUCUCAUAUUUUGAGAGAAAUUAAAGAAAGAAAAAAAAAGUAUUUUUGUCAACAUUUGUAUUCAUAUUUUAUAUAGCUCGCUGAGGAGCGCUGGGUAGUUUAGCUAUACUUGGUCCUCUGUUGCCACCUAGUGGGCAUCCGAAGACUGACUUUAAAUGGUGCUUGAAGGUAUCAUUCAAAUGAGGCAAGAGACAUUUUCCCUUAAUUUAUUCCUUUAUCUUGGUGCUUGAUUUUUAUUUUCUAUACUGUUAUUAAAUUACGUAUUUAUUACUGAUGAAAGAGAACAAUUUAUUUCAUUGAGGAGGUUUGCUGUUCUGUGGGGUCUUAAAUAUGCAUCUGUUUUGAAACAUGUUUAGAUAUUUGUUGCCAUACAGCCAAUUUGUGCAAAGGCUUAGCUGUUUUUCAAAAUUUCAUCCAUAUCUGUAUUGCAUUGUGGGUAAGAACAAACUUGUUGUGUAAUAAGAAGCUAAUAUUUAAUCAAAAUACCUGCCCAAAUGGUCCCAUUAUGUUAAAAUCUUUCAUUUUUACCUCAGUGUCUUUCACGAUGUUUGGGGGGAUUGUGCAUUUUUGGCUGGCCUUUACUGUUAUUCUAAAGAUCUGGUUUCAGAAACGUGUUGUUUCCAUAAGAAUCAAUUUCAGCCGCCUCAUCAAAUUUGAAUUGGUGCUGUGUAUAGUGAGACGUUUAAGAUGGCCAAGGAGAAUUAUUACCUUUUUUACAUUGACAUGUAUUUGGCUACUCAACUUUUAUUUUUUUAUUUUUUUUUUUUUUACAAAGAAUCGAAAAGAGUAUUUAUUUUUGUAAAGUAAGUCUUAAGAGAGAUUUUUUUUUUGCAGUUGUACCAACACCGUGUAUUGAUAUGCCGCAUUUUGUAAGAUAUAUGUGUGAUUUUGAGGUAGUUUACUCUGGUUUUGUGUGAAAGACUAAUUGUUAAGGUAAUUGUUUGAGUUCAAGGUUUUGGAUUCCUUUUGAUGAAUGCCAAAUAAUGUAAUCAAGUCAGGUCUUGCUUUUAAUUUUGGUGUCCAGGCAGCAAAAAGGGCUGUUUUAUCUAACCUAAUAUAAGAUUUCUUAGUAAAUAUCACCAAGAAAAAACAUUUCUUCUUUUUUAUUCCAAGUUUGUUCUCUUUUAAAACAUUUAUAGCAACUCCAAAAUAAUCUACAAAGCUCUUCAGGCAAUAACGCACAAUCCAUAAGCUUCCAGGAACUUUCAUCAUGGAUUUCAUUGACUCGAAUGACUCGCUGAGGUACAAGUACAGCAGCUCAGGGCUCACUUACGGACUGUUUUUCUGAUGGACAGCUUUGAUACUAAUUAUUCAAACGGCUUCAGUCAACCCAUAGGUGCACAGAAUUGAACAGGUCAUUACAACCAGCACAGUAUUGUUACUGUAUACUGUAUAUCAUCUUCCUAGUUUUUUUGUUUUGUUUUGUUAUGGUGGUGUAUUGUAGACCAAGAUACUCGAACAUUUUGUUUUGAUCCAUUUAGAGGACAAAAACCACAAUGCCAUUAAUGCAGCACCUGUUGCUUUUCUCCGUAAGAUCCUAGUUUAUGGUGCUUUUUGUCUGAUUAGGAUUUGGGCCAAAGUGCACAUGUAUUGCAGUCAGAACUUUGAGAUGUGUGUUGUUUUUUUUUUUGGUGGUUGUUUGAAGGAUUGGAGGAGCAGCUUCUGUGUCUGUCAAAAAAAAAAAUUUUUUAAAUGCCGCACUGCACUAAACGUCCUGCAUUAGCUAUGUUACACUACACUGUUUUUUUUUUUAUUGUUACUGUUUGAACACAAAUAUCUAAAUGAGUUUGAUAAACGUCAAAAACAUUGCUGGCCUGCAGGCAGGGU